CGUCACCUCGCCUUGUCAGGAAAACACUUCCGCCUGAAGUUGAAAAGAAAACAGACCAAGCUAAAUGGUUUUCGACGACACUACCUAACCAUUAAAGACAAUUAACCGAAAGCUGUUGUCACUCUGGAGCUCGGGAAAGUGUACGGGCGUGUGUGUGGCUGAGAGUUAGGGGUGUGUGUGUGUGUGUGUGUGUGUGUGUGUGUGUGUGAGUGUGUGUGUGUGUGAGAGAGAGAGUCAGUGUCUCCCCCUGCUGUAGCCUUUUAUAUCAUUUUUAUUGGACCGGGUUCCAACCUGGAGAAUGACAAUGGAGGAGAUGAAGAAUGAAGCGGAGACCAGCUCCAUGGUGUCAAUGACGCUGUAUGCUGUGAUGUACCCAGUUUUCAAUGAGCUUGAGAGAAUCAACCUUUCAGCGGCCCAGACUCUCAGAGCAGCCUUCAUCAAGGCGGAACGAGAGAACCCUGGCCUGACCCAGGACAUCAUCAUGAAGAUCCUGGAGAAGAAGAACGUUCAAAUCAACUUCACAGAGUCUCUGUUGCGCAUGGCCGCCGAUGAUGUGGAAGAGUUCAUGAUUGACCGUCCAGAGCAGGAGUUCCUGGACCUGAACGAGAAGGCCCGAGCUCUGAAACACAUCCUCAGCAAGAUCCCAGAUGAGAUCAACGACAGAGUCCGCUUCCUGCAGACCAUCAAGGACAUUGCCAGCGCCAUCAAAGAGCUGCUGGACACAGUCAACAACGUCAUAAAGAAAUACCAGUACCAGAACCGCAGGGCCCUGGAGCACCAGAAGAAGGAGUUUGUGAAGUACUCCAAGAGCUUCAGCGACACCCUGAAGACCUACUUCAAGGACGGAAAGGCAAUUAACGUGUUCAUCAGUGCCAACCGGCUCAUCCACCAAACCAACCUCAUUCUCCAAACCUUCAAGACCGUGGCCUAGCAACCCCCCAGACCACCACCCCGCUGCCUCCCCCCCCUCCUCUGGGGGCUGCUGAUAGGACGCUUGCAGAGGGGAGGACCCCUAUAUGUAAAUUAGAGAGUUGAUUUUAGAGCUGGGCUGAAUUCCAUUCGAUCGAGUUUCCAACCGAGGGAGUGAAGGUGCCAUCUUUUCUUUUUUUAUCUUUUUCUUUUUUUUCUUCAGACAGGAUUUGUCCGGUCAUGAAGUGUGGAGCAGAGAAUGCUGUCAGCCAAACAUCUUGACGGUUGAUUUUAUUUAGACAGUUUUAAUUUAUAACCCUGGUCUUUGUUGUUAUUGGGUUACUUUUUUUUUGCAGGAGAGGUGUUUAUUAAAGACUAAUUGCCAUUUUUCUAAUAUAUUCCCGUUGAUAAUUUGACUUUUAGCUUUCCGAUUGUAGUGGUGAGUCUAGGUGUGUGCGCUGCAGUACGCUAUCCGUUUGUACGCCCCCCCCCCCCCCUUCCUCACCCUGUUUGCUUUGAGGUUCCCCCCCAACCCCUGUAAAAAAAGACUUCGGUCUCUUGUGUUCACUUGGCUGGGGGAGGAACCAGAGGGGGUUUCUGGGCUGUGGCCCCGUGCGGCCCCUCUAGCCAACCCGCUGUCAUCCUUGCUCUCCAGAAGACCGCCAAAAGACUUUCAGCACACUGCGCCUUACAAGACGUCCCGUAACAUUCCCUCCCCGUCACUGAGUGUGCUAGCAUACAGAGCAUUCCCUGACCCUGGGAUUGCAGUGGGAGAGAGAUAGACGCCCUGUAUUUAACAGAUAUCUGGUUGCAAAUGUUCAAUAAACAGUUUCCAAAUGUUGACCUUUUUUCGUAUCUU